AUGCGGAACGGCUGCGCGACGCGCCUGAUAGCGAGAGUACGGCCAACGAGACGCAAUACCAAAUGUAAACAACACGCGCUCGCUCGCUUGGACGACGACGCGCUGUACGAGACGGCCGACGCGGAACGGCUGCGCGACGCGCCUGAUAGCGAGAGCAAUACCAAAUGUAAACAACACGCGCUCGCUCGCGUGGACGACGACGCGCUGUACGAGACGGCUGAUGCGGAACGACUGCGCGACGCGCCUGAUAGCGAGAGCAAUACCAAAUGUAAACAACACGCGCACGCUCGCGUGGACGACGACGCGCUCUACGAGACGGCCGACGCGGAACGGCUGCGCGACGCGCCUGAUAGCGAGAGUGAUGAAUUUAUUCAAGCUCAACAACAGUUAGCCCGGUGGGCGAGUGAAGACGCGGUGGGCGCCGGGGGCGAGGGCGGGGGCGGGGGCGGGGGCGGCGGGGGCGGGCGCCGCUACCUGCCGUCGCCCGGCGGCUCCACCAGCAGCGACGCCACGCUGCGCGCCGCACACGCGCCAGCACUGCCCGAAUACAAACACUGA